AUGCCAAGGACACGAUCCGUGGAGCAUCGACUAUCACAUGGAGAGAGGUUGGAGCGAGCACACGAUCCGCCGCAACAGCACGAUGAGCAAGCAAGGUCUUUGGCUUCCUUCCCGAGGGACAAAAGAGGUGCGCAACUUCAACCUCAAGAACCGAGUGAUGGAGCGGAUAUCACGUUUUUGUCUGCUGAUUUCUUCAGAAUAAAGCCGCAUUUAGAUGACCCGAGUGCUCCUAUUAAUCAGCUCACCGUGCAACGAGUGCUUCUAGACCAAGGAAGUUCGGCGGACAUCAUUUACGACGGAGCGUUUGCUCGGCUUGGUGUGAGCGAGGGAAACCUCGCUCCCUAUGAAGGAACUCUGGUGGGAUUCGCGAGCGAGCAAGUGUGGGUGAAGGGCGCCCUCGACCUUGACACCACGUUUGGCGAGGAAGAGAACGCUAGGACGCUCAGAGUCAAAUAUCUAAUCUUUGAGGCAGAGGGGUCAUACAACAUGAUCAUCGGGCGAAACACCUUAAACCGUCUGUGCGCCGUGAUCUCAACAGCCCACCUAGCGGUGAAGUAUCCGCUGUCGAAUGGGCAUAUUGGGGGAAUUGUUGUGGAUCAAAGGGUCGCAAGGGAAUGCUACUGUAAUGCUGUGGAUCGGUAUGGGAAGAAAAACGCUUCAGUCGGGCACCGUUGCAGCGAAGUUGAGACGCCGAAGGAAAGUUUAGACCCGAGGGGCGAGGGACGUGUUAACAGGCCCACACCGAUAGAAGAAACCAAAGAGCUGAAGUUCGACGAGAAGAUACUCAAGAUAGGAACCAAGUUAAGUGAGGACCAAGAACAAAGGCUAUCAAAGUUGUUAGAUAUUUUCGCCUGGAGUCACAAAGACAUGCCAGGUAUAGACCCAAACUUCAUUUGCCACAAGCUGGCAUUGAAUCCAGGAGCUAAGCCUAUAACCCAAACUCGCCGGAGAAUGGGAAACGAAAAAGAGAAGGCCAUCCAGAAAGAGGUAAACAAGUUGCUAGCGGCGGACUUCAUACGAGAAAUCAAGUACCCUACCUGGUUGGCAAAUGUGGUGAUGGUCAAGAAGGCGAACGAGAAGUGGCGAAUGUGCGUAGAUUAUACAGACUUGAACAAGGCAUGCCCAAAAGAUUCUUAUCCCUUGCCGAGCAUAGAUAAGCUGGUAGACGGAGCUUCAGGAAAUGAACUUCUGAGUUUAAUGGAUGCUUAUUCAGGAUAUCACCAAAUUAAGAUGCAUCCGUUGGACGAAGACAAAACAACUUUUAUGACUGCAAGGGUAAACUACUGUUACCAGACUAUGCCUUUCGGGUUAAAGAAUGUGGGGGCGACGUAUCAGUGGUUGAUCGAUAGGGUGUUUGAAGGCCAAGUGAGAAGGAACAUGGAGGUGUACGUUGUCGACAUGAUCGUUAAAUCGGUUUUGGGAUCAAACCAUCAUGAGGAUUUGAUGGAGGCCUUCGAUAGGAUUCGCAAGCAUAACAUGAGGCUUAAUCCAGAAAAGUGUUCUUUCGGCAUACAUGGUGGGAAGUUUUUAGGCAUCAUGAUUACAUCGAGAGGAAUCGAAAUCAAUCCAAAUAAAUGUAAGGCGAUCCAGGAGAUGAAAAGCCCGAGCAAUGUGAAAGAGGUGCAGAGACUAACCGGGCGGACCGCGGCCUUAUCCCGUUUCCUCCCUCACUCGGGCGACAAGUCAGCCCCGUUCUUCAAAUGCCUCAACAAGAACAUGGCAUUUGAGUGGAAUUCAGAGUGCGAGGAGGCCUUCACCCACCUCAAGGAGAUGUUGUCCACCCCACCAGUCCUAUCAAAACCUGUCCAAGGUCUUCCUUUGCAUUUAUACUUCUCUGUUGGUGAUCACGCAAUAAGCUCGGUGAUCCUUCAGGAGGUGGAUGGAGAGCAAAAGAUAGUCUAUUUCGUAAGCCAUACACAUCAGGGGGCGCAGGUCAGGUAUCAAAAGAUAGAAAAAGCGGCGCUCGCCGUCCUCAUCACCGCCAGACGCCUACGACCGUAUUUUCAAAGCUUUCUGAUAAAAAUAAGAACUGACCUUCCUUUGAGACAGGUAUUGCAGAAGCCAGACUUGUCAGGAAGGCUUGUCGCGUGGUCAGUAGAGUUGUCAGAAUAUGGAUUGCAGUAUGACAAAAGGGGGAAGGUCGACGCACAGACCUUAGCGGAUUUUGUGGUGGAAUUGACGCCGGAAAAAGGGGAAAAGGUGAGCACGCAAUGGAUAUUGUUUGUCGAUGGGUCGUCGAACAACAACAGAAGCGGGGCUGGGGUCACGCUGCAGGGGCCCGGGGAGUUGGUGUUGGAACAGUCCCUCAGAUUCCAGUUCAAAACCAGCAAUAACCAAGCAGAAUACAGGGCUCUUAUUGCGGUCUUGAAGCUGGAAAUUGAGGUGCAAAUCGACAAUCUGCUGGUAAGGACGGAUUCGCUGCUAGUGGCAAGCCAAGUCAACGGGGAGUUUCAGGUAAAGGAACCGGCCUUGAUAAAGUAUGUGGAGCGCGUGCGGCUGCUCAUGGGACGUUUGCAACAGGUGGUAGUUGAAUUCGUGCCGAGGGCGCAAAACCAAAGGGCAGACGCCCUAGCAAAGCUAGCAAGCACAAGGAAGCCUGGCAACAAUCAGAUUAUGAUUCAAGAGACGCUCGCCGGUCCCAGCAUAAAGGGGGAUUUGGUGGCUUCGGUUGAUCGCCAGGAAACUUGGAUGAACCCCAUCAUCGAUAUUCUGGCGGGGGAACCAAGUGACGUGGUAAAAUACUCAAAGGCGCAAAGGAGAGAGGCGGGGCACUACACGCUACUCGACGGGAUACUCUUUCGACGAGGAUUUAGUUCGCCCCUCCUACGAUGUCUUCCACCUGAGAAGUACGAGGCUGUUAUGACGGAGGUUCAUGAGGGAGUUUGUGCAAGCCACAUUGGAGGAAGGUUGCUGGUGAGCAAGGUCCUCAGAGCGGGUUUCUAUUGGCCUACGACAAGGAAGGAUUGUGCAGAGUUUGUGAGGAAAUGCGAGAAGUGCCAAGUAUUUGCAAACCUACCUAGAGCUCCGCCGGAGCAAUUAGUCACAAUCAGGGAAACUCCGUUCAGAAUGACUUAUGAAGCGGACGCCAUGCUCCCUGUAGAGAUAGACAACAGUUCGUGGCGGACGGCACCGAGGUUCGAGGGAGAAAAUUCUUCAAACAUGGCAGUAGAACUAGACUUGUUGUCGGAGACACACAAUGAGGCCCGCCUCAGGGAUGCCGCGAUGAAGCAGCGAGCUGCGGCCAAGUAUGACACAAAGGUAAAACCAAGGGAGAUGCAGGUAGGGGAUUUGGUGCUUAAAAAGCGAACAGGAGUCACCGGAAAUAAACUGAGCCCAAUCUGGGAAGGGCCCUACAGGAUCUUAAAAGCUUUGGGAAGAGGAGCAUAUCACCUGGAAAGCUUGGAUGGGAAACGGGUGCCACGAUCCUGGAACGCAGCGAAACUGAAGUACUAUUACAGUUGA